AUGAACAAAGAUUAUAAAUAGCUGGCAAUUUAAUAUCAUUUAGCUUAUAUGAAUCUUAAAUAAAGAAUUGAUUUAUCUUAGAAAUCAUUUAGUGUAACAAUUCUUAGAUUAUUAGACUAUUGAUUUUAAAGUGCAAUUGGAAUAAUAUUAUUAAUAAAAACUUAAAUCAGUUAUAGAUAAAUAUGAAGAUCACAAAUAUGAUGAAAUAUUUUAAUAUAUUAUCACAAACUGUUCAAAUAAGUAUUAGGUAUAAGAAUAGUUGAUUACUGAUUUUAAAAAUGCAAGAGAAGAAUUUUCAAACAAUAUCAAUAAAUACUCAUAAUAAUUAAUUAUUCUACAUGAAAAAAAAGAAAAGUAAAAUUACAAUAUAUAAGGUCUAUCAAUAAAUUAAAAGUAGCAUCAUAAAAGUUGACUUAAAGUUAAUAAUUUUAUAUUUCUAUAUCCAAAGUAUUAGAAAGAAAUGUUUUGACUAUAGAUUUAAUGAAUGAUAAUGUUGAUUAAAAAUUGGGAUAAAUGAAAACAAUCUAAGAUCUAAUGAAAAAUAAGGAAAAUACUUAUGGAAAUUACAAAAUAGCAGUAGACAAAUAUAAUUAAUGUUAUAAUGAAGUAUUACCUGAGAUAGAAUUAUAUGUCACUUAAAUUAAAGAGCUCGAAUUUAAUGUGGCUGAAUGUGUAAGAUAAUUGUUUCAAAAGAUUGCUUUGGCUGAAGUAUCAGCUUUAAGAAACAGGUAUUAUUAAGAAUAUAUAAAGACAAUAUGAUUUAGAUUAAGUGAUUAAAUAUUUGGAUAAAGUAGACUUCACAAAAAUUAAUACUAUUUUUAAAUUUUCAGAGGAAGCUUUUAUGCCAGCAAAAGUUGAAUUAUUUUAAACUUACUCUUCAAAAAUUGUUAGUAAUUAUCUCCAUAGAAUUAACAGUAUUAAUUCAGACGAAAAACCUUAAGAAGAUUAAGAAUAACAAAAAUAGCUAGAUCAAGAAACUCUCUUACAAGAAUAAAAACAAUAAUUAGAAGAAUUUUUAGCUUCUUUAUUAAAUAAAGCAGAUUUAUCAGAAAAAUUGAUAAAUUAGAUCGAAUCUAAUAUUAACCAUAAUAGUGCUGCAUCAAUGCUAGAAUUUUUAUACCAAUUUAUUAAGUAAAUUAUUUUUUUGACUUAGAGCUCCAAUAAUGAUUGGAAAACGAAAUUAGUCUAUGAUUCAUUCAAUUUUUAAUAAAUUAUUAGAAUAUAUUCCAAAAGAGGGAAUAAAUCUAUUUAAGAUUCAAAAAUUAUCAACAUUUAUUUAUUACUAAUAAGAAGAAGUAAUUUCAUUAUUUUAAUUUCUUUCCUAAAAUGCAAUCUUUUCUAAAAAAAAUGAUUAUUGGGAAUGGCUAAUAUUUUGGUUAGUAAAUCAAACAUGUGAAGGAGUUUCAGACUCGAAUAAAUAAUUAAUCAUAUUCUAACAAUUUUAAAAUACUGUUUAAUAAAUGGUUUAAGCUAAAAUACCUAUUGCAAUAAUAAACACAUUUAUCUCAGAUUUAGCACCUUUUUACGGAUUAAAAACUUUAUAAAUUGAAGAAAUUAAGAAAUCAUUAUCAAGAUUUAUUUUCGCAUCACAAUAAAAUCCGAAUUCUAAAAUUUAAAUUUAAUCUUUUAAUUCAGUAGAAUGA